AUGCUCAAACAACAGUCAAUCGCAUUGCUUCUUAUUUUUCUGGUGUUAAUAGGAUACACUAGUGCCAUUGACAUCACGAUAAAAGUUGACGAACUGGGAUUGGCCUUUAAUCCACAAAAUUUUACGGCAAACAAAGGGGAUAACAUAAAAUGGGUAAUGUCACAUGGUAAACAUAUCAUUCAGCAAUCAGAUUCCGCCACUUCUUGCAAAAAUUCUACGCAAGCAAAUGCAUUUUACUCGGGAAUAGUGGAGAAAGGCGGAGAAUAUAAUUAUAUGGUAACCCAAGACAGUGGGACAAUAUACUAUUGCUGUGCCUACUCAUCCCAUAGUUUGCUUGGUGAAUUCGGAAUAAUAAGUAUCGGUGUCGGUCCAAGUACUAACACCGACAACGGGAUUUCGGCAAAUAGUUCUGGUUCUCACAAUGAGGGCAAUUCAAUAAAGGGCGUUGCAAAAAUUGGAAUUGGUGUUAAUGUGGUGGUGGCUACUGCGGUUGCUAUUGGAUUUUUAUUAAUUUAG